UCAACACCCACUAAAGGAACCAGUGAAACCACCUCAACACCCACUAAAUCAGCACCUACGAUAGGAACCAGUGAAACCACCACAACACCUACCAUAUCAGCACCUACGAUAGGAACCAGUGAAACCACCACAACACCUACCAUAGGAACCAGUGAAACCACCUCAACACCUACUACAGAAACCACCAAA